AUGUCGAGAAAAAAUAUUUUCACUCAUUAUACACCUCACCUCCCCACUCUCCCCCCCUUCCUCUCCCUCCAAAUAAUGGAUGAUGAUUAUGAUGAUGAUGGAGCUUGUUCUAUCUAUCUCAUUCUAUUUCAUAUCUAUCUAUCUAUCUAUCUAUCUAUCUAUCUAUCUAUCUAUCUAUCUAUCUAUCUAUCUAUCUAUCUCAUUCUAUUUCAUAUCUAUCUAUCUAUCUAUCUAUCUAUCUAUCUAUCUAUCUAUCUAUCUAUCAUAGCCUGUCCAUAUCUAUCUAUCUAUCUAUCUAUCUAUCUAUCUAUCUAUCUAUCUAUCUGCAGAUAUAACAGCCGGUCGACCAGCCGACUAAUUUUCUUGUUUUGUGGUGUUGUUCUUUACAACGUUUCACUCGUGUACUAUUUGAGCUUCCUCAGUCGUUUCUUAUUUUUUGUGAUAUCGUCAAAAACACGUUAUCUAAUACGAUUCAAACGGGUAUUAUUCUUUCUUUCUUUCUUUCUUUCUUCUAAUUUAUAA